AUGACCAACUUCCACAUCGACAUCGUGUCAGACACCGUCUGCCCUUGGUGCUAUGUAGGCAAGAACAGACUCGACUUAGCAAUCAAGCAACACAAACAAGCGAACCCAAACGAUACCUUUACCACGAGCUGGCACCCGUUCUACCUCGCUCCCGAUGCGCCCAAGGAUGUCGAUAAACAAGCGUACUAUGAGAACAAGUUCGGGGCUCAGCGAACAAAGGUCAUGCAAGGACACCUCGCACGCCUGGGGAAGCAAGUAGGCAUCAACUUUGCCUUUGGCGGCAGGACCGGAAAAACGCGCGACAGCCAUCGCUUGAUCCACCUGGGCAAGACCAAAGGCGAAGCAGUCGAGACGAAAGUCGUCGAGAGCCUGUUCAAUGCGUACUUCGAGUCGGAAGAGAACAUCACCGACCGAGAGGUGUUGAUCGCGCGCGGUGUCAAAGCCGGUCUGCCAGAACAAGAAGUUCGAGAUUGGAUCGAGCAGGGAAAAGGCGGCGAAGAGAUCGACAAAGAGGUGGCUGCAGCGAAGCACCAGUCCAUCAGCGGUGUGCCCAACUUUACCGUGAAUGGCAAGUACGAAAUUCAAGGUGCUGAGGAGCCGGCUGCCUUCUUGCAGAUCUUCUCACAGAUCAAGGAUACCUGCGGAGACAACAACAAUGCCCACAUCCAAGCUGGCGGAGGAGACACAUGCUAG